AUGAGUCCAGACCCGUUUACCACUCAAACAAACUUAUUAGUCUUUCGUUCAAAAAUGCAAUUCUCCACUGUUACUUUAUUCGCUGCCGCUGCUGCUUUGGUUGCCGCUGACGUUACUGUCACCGAAGAAUCUUCCACCCUCGUCACCAUCACCUCUUGUGCUCCUGAUGUUACCAACUGUCCAGCCAGAGAAACCACUGCUGCUGUCUCUGUCUCUUCAGCUUCUAACUACACCAUCCCAGCUAACGUUACCUCUUACGAAGGUGCUGCUGCUAAGCCAUUCGUUGCCGGUGCUGCUGCUAUUGCUGCCGGUGCUUUGUUGGCUUUGUAA